CAAUGUUCCGAGCUGCGGGCCUGCUCGCCCUCGCCCUGGCCCUUGGGGUCUCGGCAGACGAUAAUGCUGUCAGUGUCAGCACGUUGGACUUCAAGAACAGAUUUGUGCAAUCAGGGAUUGUACCGGAGGUUAUCGCCGCGCUGGACCCUUCAGUAUCCUUCUACGCCAGCUAUAGGGCUGCGGAUGGCCACAACGAGCUGUUGGUGCCCGGCUCGAGCCUUAGCGUUUCCGAGGCAACAAUGCCGUUCGAGUUCAGCGUCGAGAACCUGAACAAUGCGACAAACAUUACCGCUCAGACGAGGUUCUUGAUCUACCUGCUGGACGCUGAUGCUCCGUCACGGAACAAUCCGACAGCAAGAAACCUCCGCCACUAUCUGGCAGGGAAUUAUACACGAACAGGAUCCAAUUCCACUGUUCUGAGUACCGCCCAGCUCCUUGGACUGCCAACCGGGCAGCAAGCAUUUACACCCUUCACGAACCCCAACCCGGCCCCGAACACGGGGGUCCACCGGUUUAUUUAUGCGCUCUAUACCCAGCCGGCCCGGUUCAACAAUGCAGGCUUUGAGUCUGUUGGAAUGGAAACCGAAACUUCAAACUGGAAUCUCUCGCAAUGGCGUACGCAGCUCGGGCUGGGGCCUGCAAUCGGCGCCACCUACUUCACCAUCGAUACAAGCGCGAACGGCGGUCAGGGUGGGAAUUCGACUGCGGGCACCGCCGGAGCAGGCGCCGCCUUCGGAACCAUCGUGUCUCCGUACCUGAUUGGUCUCAUAGCCCUUGCAACGACCUUGGGUCUGCAACUUCUUGUAUAGCCAAGGACUGGGCAUCUUGGUAUGGAGACAUCGGAGGAGGAUUCACCACCUUCAUCAUGGCAUGAUGUUGCGCUGCCCAUUUUGGCCUUGCCUUUGAGUCGUCAUGCGUAUGACCUCCUGGUUCCCGGAUGUGCAGCGCGGUCGCCGGUUGAUGGUCAAUCUAGCAAGGUCAAAACCGGUAGUGAGGCCUUAAAGCGCUUGAUUUACAUAGUCUAGUGCUUGAUGUCGUCCGGUCGCGGUUGACAUCGAACUUGAAGGUUGGUACUCCAUGGCAGGCAAAAGGAGCAGCAAUUUUCCAAGUCGGUGGCUGGAGAUUCUGGAAUCGCUAGGUUGUGUCGCGCUGCUCGUGACGGUCACGGUGUUCAACCCCCUAUCAAGAAAGUCAACAACCUCCUUGAACUUCAUACAAUUUAGGGAAGUGACUCUCAUUCACAGAAGACAACC